CCUCAUUUUCACACACCUUGUUUAACAGGCUGCCCAUGAGCGCCACCUCCUGGACACGUAGUUUAGAAAAAAUAGCUCGCACUGUAAGCGAUGAGUCAGAAUAAGUGGCGGCAGCGGCUCAGGAGGUGACGCCGUGAUGCCAAGUGUGUUUCCCUGACCUCAAGGGCCGUGUUCUCUCCGGUGUUUUCCGCCGGCCCCCCCCAGGCUGUCGAAGGCCGCGGACAUGGAUCACCACUGGGUGGCCAAGGCGUGGCUCAGCGACGUGGGACUACCACAGUACUCGCAGGCGUUCCACAACCACCUGGUGGACGGGCGCAUGCUCAACUCGCUCACGCGCCGUGACCUCGAGCGCUUCCUCAGCGUCACCAAGAAGUUCCACCAGAUCAGCCUGCUGCUGGGCAUCGAGCUGCUGCACGCGCUCAGCUUCGACAAGGAGGCUCUGCAAGCACGACGAACCCAGUGCGAGCACCAGAACAUGGACCCCUUGGUGUGGACCAACCACCGGGUCAUCAAGUGGGUCAAGGAGAUCGACCUCAAGGAGUUUGCCGACAACCUGCAGAGCAGCGGGGUGCACGGCGCCGUCAUGGUACUGGACCCCUCCUUCAACACGGACGCCAUGGCGACGGCCCUGGGCAUCCCCGGUGGCAAGCACAUGAUUCGCCGACACCUCAGCGAGGAGAUGAAGGCCUUGAUCAGCGAAGCCAGGGCGAAUCUCCAGCAGGACAGCGAGCGACUGAGCACGCCCACCCUCCUGCGCCAGAGCUCCCUGUGCCGCUCCCCCGGCUCGGCCAGCCGCCGCUCGGAGGACGAGGGUUCCCUGCGGAGACGCGCCUGCAAGCCCCCUCUAGGGUGCAGCUCCAAGAGCCACGGCGCUCGGGACCUGGGUUUCCACGGCAGCUGCGGGUCGCUGCCCCGGGAAGGCCGGAGCGAGGCCCCGCCCCGUGCCGAAGGCAGCCCCAUGCACGGCUACUCCGGUAUCGAGGUCACCAAUGUCUGAGGGCCGCCGGGGACCGAAGCAAGCUGGGGGUCGAGUGGAGGAUGCUGGGAGACGUGUGGACGCAUGGGUGCUGCUGGAAACUUCUUUACCGAGGAGACUUCGCUUAUCAAGAUGGCAUGGACUGUCAGCGGAAGCAUGCGGUUUCACACCUCUCCAUAGAGGGGGCGCUCUGUUUUCCCCAUCCUCCCUCCCUCCUCUCCUUCUUUUUCUCUCUCUCUCUCUCUCUCUCUCCAUCUCAAAGGGAGCACCUGUGGGACACAGCAGGGGGGCAGACGAAGCUUUUAUUUUUCUAUGUGCAUUGUUCGCAGAGCUCUUUGGAACACGUUAACCGUUUUUUUUUUUUUUUUUUUUUUUUGCAGUCCAUCGACUUCAUGACCUCAGAGAUUUCUUUUUUUUUUAAAGGAGUGGAUGAGGGAAGUGCUCAAACCCGGACGUGAGACAAAAGUGUAUUUUGAUCAUUUUAAAGAGUGCAUGAUUUCUGUCUGUGGUUAUGGUCUCACCGCACAGGCCCUGCGCUCAUCAUUUGUACCGUACUUCCUGUGGAUGAUGGUUUACCGCGCCGUCUAAUUCGUGCACAUCAUGAAAGACCACCUACUUCAUUGUGCACUGAGGGUUGGGAAACUAUGUUGUGUCACAAUGAACAAUUCUGCUGGAUGUCUGAAUAUUUCAUAUUUUAUUUCACUCAUUUGACAUUUCAAAUUAGAACUUAUUUGAUAUUUCAGAAAAUAUAUAUUCUAACCUAUGAAUAACCUAUAAACAAGUCAGUGAUAUAACAGUGGCUGGAAAUAUAUUGUGUAUUAAAAUUAUUUAAAUAAGCUCCAAGCCCAUGAGGGAGCAGAAAAGGAUGGGGUUCGAUGUCGGCGCUGAGGGUGUGUGCGGUCAAGGUGUGUGAAGGGUCUUCGGAGGUUGCCGUCUCGCUGGUUUGACCGCAGUUCAUGUGGGAUUCACCGAAUUCCCCUCCGUCCCGCACAAGGAGGGACUCCUUUUAACGGCAAACGCGGUAAAUAACGCCAGACCACCACGCCCACCCCUCUCCCACCGUGUCAUAUUUGUACCGGGCCACACUCACCCUAUCAUAAAUGCAGCUAACCAUUAGCGGAUGUGUGUUCUGCUCGCCGUGAAGCUCAGACCAACUGAGGGGCGGAGUCAGCGAGCCAAGUUGGUUAUCGGGUCGAGGCCGGGUGGAAAACGCAGGAGUGUGUUCUGGGCUGUGGCACAAGAAGUGAAAGAUACAGCCAGUGGGCAUGGGAGUGUGAGUGUGUGUGUGUGUGCGCGUGUGCGUGUGUACAGUUGAAGGCCAAAUGCACCAUAAUGGUAACCCGAUUAGGAACGACCGCGCGGUUCUGGAUUUGAUCACAUUGCGCCCUCUGGGUUAUUGCAUUCGCCUCUGGUUGUCGGGUCACACAGUCGGUUCGUCUCCCUUCUGCCAACUGGACCAAAUGUCCAUUAAUGACAAGGACACCUUGGACAGGACAGGAAGUAAGUUACGGGGAGAGGAGGUUUUUGUCCCAUUGCACUCUCUGCUCCGCUGGGUUCAAACACACCUUCCUAGUAGAGGGUUCAAAUCAGACAGGGUCAUGGUGGUCCAGAGCCUAUCCUGGAAACAUAAGGCAUGUGGC